GGAUUCCAGACCUUAUUACAGGAGACUUUGACUCUGCAUCAUCUGAGAACUUGCAAUACUACAAGGACAAGGGCAGUGAAGUGAUUUGUACACCAGACCAAGACUACACAGACUUCACAAAAUGUCUUCAACUUGUUGUUCAAAGAAUACAGGAACAAAACAUGCAGGUAGAUUAUAUUGUUUCUUUGGGAGCGUUUGGAGGCAGGAUGGACCAUGUGAUGGCUAACAUCCACACCCUGUAUGAAGCUCGCUCCUUCACAUCUACUCCUGUCGUUCUACUGGAUGAAGUUUCCAUGGCUUGUUUGUUGGCACCCGGUAAGACUGUACUCCAUGUGCAGACUGGUGGGGAGGGUGAGUGGUGUGGACUGGUGCCCGUGGGUGGGACCUGCCAACAUGUCACUACUACAGGACUCAAGUGGAACCUAAAUGACCAACCUCUGAAGUUUGGUGAGCUCAUCAGCACAUCCAACACAUUUGACCAAUCAACAUCUGGCCUGGUCACCGUGGAAACCAGUGAACCUCUGCUCUGGACAAUGGGGGUGAAAAUGCCAUAGAAGCAAUGAAUUAGUCUGUAUUUUCUGCAUCUGCUUUUUAUUCUAAGAAAUGUAUAUACAUAACUCAUUCCUAAGAUAUGAAGUGCAAUAUUGAUUGUGCCUUAAUUCCGAAGACUGAUAUUACUUUACUAUACUAUAGCUACUUAACAGAUUUUUCAAUGGUUAGAAAUCUGAAAAUAUUCAUACAUUAACCUUUGAAGCCUUUCACUGUCCUGAAUUUCAAUUAAUACAAAGGCAUUUUAAAAGGAAUUUGGGCUGAAAUUCUAUAUUGAAACAUACUGCUGCAAGUCUUUAGUUGACUAAUUUUAAACCUUCUCAACUGGUCUGAAACACACUUAUUGACACACAAAUUUUGGUCCAGAUAUGUAGGAAUUGCAGUUCUCAAUCAAUUUGUUGCUGGGCAGUCAGCUUCUGAAUCUGAUGUUGGUUCAUUAAGUUGGUCAACACUUACUAAUUCUAUGCCAAUAUGAAUAAAGGGUCUUUCUGACUGGUUACCCAUCUCUGGUGUUGGGCAUUUUUUCCUCAUAAAUGUGUUGAGCUUGUAAGACAAUACGAUUCAGUGUCAAACAUUACAUACAUUCUGUCCUUUCAUUCUCAACAUACAGUAAUGCAGACAAGAGUCAACCACCAUCACAUUUUUAAAGAUUUAAUAGAAAAGUGAUUAUGAGGGAAAGUCUCCAUUAGAAAUUUCAUGUGCAGGGCUACAUAGCUUUCAUACGCACAGAAAUGAUCAUGCUCUUUUCAAAAGUACAGCAUUAUCUGUGAUAGUCCUUGAUUGGUACAUGACAAUGGGCACCAGUUUCAAAAGCCAACAACAUACAGAAGCACUGUUGGUUUCAAAACUUUUAUAAGACCUGUACAAUAUUGGUAGUCUUCAUACAAAUGCGGAAUAUAUUUUAACAAAGCAAUAAUCUGACCUGUUUAAAUCUUUCCAGAAAGGUAAAGAAAAUCAAACAUAGCACCUGGAUAUUAUCAGCAAAAGCACAAACACAACAUGGGUGUCAUGAAAGUGUGUAUACUUUAUACA